AUGGCUCACCAAACUACUGUCAAGGUCCAGAGGAAAGGCUUCAGCAACUCCUCUGCCAUCGUGCCUAACACUUGCCGCACCAGCUUCAGUUCACGCACUGUGUCCAGAGGUGGAAGUUGUGGUGUUGGCAGUGCUGGUUUUGGUAGGGUUGGUGGAGGUGCUGGAUUUGGUAGCCGAAGCCUCUACAACCUUGGUGGAUCUAAGAGGAUCUCAGCCGUCGGGGGAGCUUCUGGUGCUGGUUACUGCAGUGGCAUUGGUGGUGGCUAUGGGUUUGGUGGUGGCAGCAUCUACGGGCUUGGUGGAGGUAUUGGUGGUGGGUCUGGGGUAAUGGGAGCUGGCUUUGGUGGAGGAAUGGGUGGCCCUGGCUUCCCAGUUUGCCCACCUGGGGGCAUCCAAGAAGUGACUAUCAAUCAGCACCUGCUGGCACCCCUAAAUCUGGAGAUUGACCCCAACAUACAGAGAGUACGUAAAGAAGAGAGAGAGCAGAUCAAGACACUCAACAACAAAUUUGCCUCAUUCAUUGAUAAGGUACGGUUCCUUGAACAGCAGAAUAAAGUGUUGGAAACUAAGUGGACGUUGCUUCAGGAACAGGGCCAUAAAAACAUUAGAGACAACUUGGAAGCACUUUUUGAAGGUUACAUCAACACUCUGAGGAAACAACUGAAUAACCUGGAAAAUGACAAAGGGAGACUCCUUGGGGAACUGAAUAACAUGCAAAACAUUGUGGAGGACUUCAAGAACAAAUAUGAAGAUGAGAUCAACAGGCGUACAACUGCAGAAAAUGAUUUUGUCACACUCAAAAAGGAUGUGGAUACUUCCUACAUGAACAAAGUAGAAUUAGAAGCCAAAGCAGCUUCAAUAAAGGAUGAGAUCGACUUCCUUAGAGCCCUGUAUGAAGAGGAAAUUAAGCAGCUGCAGGUACAAAUCUCCGACACUUCUGUGGUUCUGUCUAUGGACAACAACAGGAACCUUGACUUGGAUGGUAUCAUUGCUGAGGUUAAAGCUCAAUAUGAAGAUAUUGCAAACAGGAGUAGAACUGAGGCUGAAUCCUGGUAUCAAAGCAAGUACGAAGAGCUGCAGGCUACUGCAGGAAAACAUGGUGAUGACCUUCGCAACACCAAACAUAUGAUUUCAGAGCUCAACCGACAGAUCCAGAGACUGCGAGCUGAAAUUGAUAAUGUGAAAAAACAGUGUGCCAAUCUGCAGGCAGCAAUUGCUGAAGCAGAGGAACGUGGUGAGCUGGCUCUCAAAGAUGCACAGCAGAAACUGGCUGAGCUUGAGGAUGCUCUCCAGAGAGCCAAACAAGAUAUGGCUCGCCAGCUGAAGGAGUACCAGGAGUUGAUGAAUGUCAAACUGUCCCUAGAUGUUGAGAUUGCCAUGUACAGGAAGCUGCUGGAAGGAGAGGAAUGCCGGCUAGCUAAUGAUGCAGCUGGAGCUGUGAACUUUUCAGUAGUAUCUUCAACUAUUUCACGGGGAGCUGCUGUUGGCAAUGGUCUUGGCUACAGUGGUGGAAGCAGCCUCAGCCUGGGAGGAGGGAGCAGUUUUGGAGUAGGAGGAGGAAGUCUGGGACUUGGAAGCGGACUGGGCAUUGGAGGAGGCAGCUAUAGUUCUGCAAGUGGAAGAAGCAUCGGAGGAGGAGGAGUGAGCCUGGGAGGUGGCAGCUCCUCUAGUGUGAAAUUUGUCUCCACGAGUCAGAAAAGUUACAAAAGCUAA